CCCCAAAGAUCUACAAAGGCGAACACGACUGCAGAAAGUAACGUUGCAUGUCUAUAGACGUUGUAAAAUUCGUGGAAGUUUUGUUUCAAAAUAUCAAUGUAUAAAUAAACAUGAAAUUGCUCGAUAUUUUUUAAGUUAUUUAUGUUAUUGUAUAUUUUCUAAAUUUAAUGGAUAAAAUAUAAUUUUGUGAAACAUAUUUUGGUUAUUGAAUAUCGAUGAUUAUCAUGAUUAACUAAUAAUACAAAUAAAAAUUUUGUCACUACUAAUCUAAUAUUGUUGUGUGCAAGAUAAAACAUCUUACGUUUAUUAAAAGGAAAAGCAAACGUAAUAUUCAAGAAUAAGUUCAAGAAUAAAAUCCGAGAAUAGUAUAAUCUAAAAUUCACGGUAUCACUGCAAUUUUUUUACGUUUGAGAUUACAGUUAUAAAAUUUAUUAAAUAAGAAGAUUGAAUAAGAUAUUUCACGACAUGCAAGUUAUGCAAUUUCCAUUCAAAAUCCUUACGGUAGCGGGAUGCCGACCACCAACCUCCUGGUCUUCUUCACUAGGCAAACGGAUAGUGUACCAUGCAUACACGAUCAUAAUGUGUUUACUACUGUUUACGGUCAUGGUUCCGCAAUUUAUGGAUAUUAUCCUGAAUGUUAAUAAUGCCGACGAUUUCACGGAUUGCUUUUACAUAAUGCUGGCCACGUUCAUCGCUUGCUGUAAGAUUCUCAGUCUAUUACUAAAUCGCAAGAAUAUCGAGUUGUUAACUGAAGCGUUGGUUGAGAAACCGUUUAGACCUCUGGAACCAGACGAAAUUGAGAUUCGAGAAAAAUGUAAUAAGACAGUACGGACCAAUUCUAUAAUCUACACGGUUCUGAUCGAGCUGACAUGCGGAAGUAUGAAUUUGACAUCUUUGUUAACGGACUUUCGGAGAGGAAAGUUAGCGUAUAGAGAGUGGAUACCUUAUAAAUGGUCCGAUACAGUGUAUUAUUUCACGUACUUUCGCCAAAUAAUUAGCUUGACAGUUGCAUCCAUCGUGAAUGUUGCCUGUGAUAUACUGAUUUGCGGUUUACUGCUGCAUAUUUAUUGCCAGAUCGAGAUCUUAGAGUGUCGUCUGAAGAAAUCCUUGCGCAAUCGAGGCGACUUGGGUGAAUGUGUACGUCUGCACGAUCGUAUCUAUAAAUAUGCACGCACGAUGAAUGAAAAGUUCAGACUUAUAAUUACUGUUCAAUUCAUAGCGAGUAUGCUAGUAGUAUGCUCCAGUCUUUAUCGUUUAGCUAAAACUACAUUGAGUCCGAAAUACAUUCCACUAAUGUUAUAUACAAUCUGUAUGUGUAUACAAAUUCUUCUUUAUUGUUGGUUUGGAAACGAGGUGAAAUUAAAGAGCAUUCAAUUUUCUGAUGAAAUUUUUGGGAUGGAUUGGGUAACAGCAGACAAGAAAGCAAGACAGAGUCUUAUACUAAUUAUGAAUCGCUCUCUGCUACCCAUCGAAUUUUCUAGUGCACAUAUUAUUACAGUGAAUCUAGAUUCUUUCGUGAAGUUACUUAAGAUGUCGUAUUCAGUAUAUAACAUACUUAAACAAACAAAGGAAGAAUAUAUGAUAUAUUUCUUCUCAAUGGCACAAUUUAUGGACAUCGUUUUAAAUGUUGACAAUCCUAGUGACUUUACUGAGACUUUAAAUAUGAUGACGACUUCGUCUGCUGCAUGUUAUAAGCUGUUUAUUGUAUGGUUCAAUUAUCAGAAAAUUGCAGCGUUAAUUAAUUGUCUUACUGAAGAGCCAUUUAAACCAUUAAAUUUGGGUGAGGUGGAAAUACGACAGCAAUAUGAUAGAAAAAUACGGAACAAUACGUUACGUUAUUCAAGUUUAAUCGGAACAACAUGUUCAUUCAUGGCCUUGGUGUCACUGUUCACUGAUUUCAGGCAUAGAAAGUUGACUUAUAGAGAAUGGCUACCAUAUGAUUAUUCGUCUUACAUUCCUUAUUGUUUGACAUAUGCUCAGCAAAUAAUAUGUAACUUCCACAUUGCUAGUGUGAACGUAGCUUGCGAUGCUCUUCUAUGUGGACUCUUAAUGCAUAUAUGUUGUCAAAUUGAUAUCUUGGAACACCGUUUAAAAAAUAUCUUAAGCAAUCAAGUUACUCUGGGAUACUGCGUACGGCAUCACAAUCGAAUUUUAGAAUAUGCACAAGUAGUGAAUAUGAGAUUUACGAAAAUAGUCGGAUUUCAGUUUAUGGCAAGUACAAUGGUAAUUUGUUCCAAUUUGUAUCAAUUGACCAGGUCGACUCUAAGUGCAAAUCAUGUUCCAUUAAUUAUGUACACAAGUUGUAUGCUGACACAAAUAUUUAUAUAUUGUUGGUUUGGAAACGAAGUCAAAUCAAAGAAUCUUCAAUUAAUGGCUAAUAUUUUCCAAAUGGAGUGGCCAAUUCUAGACAAUAGCAUUAAAAAGGGCUUUUUGAUGAUUAUGAAGCGUGCAAUGAUACCAAUUAAAAUUUCUACUAUAUAUAUUUUGACUAUAGAUUUGAAUUCUUUUGUAGGGAAUCUCCAAUUAGCAGACAGCAUUUUUCAAAUAGAUUGGACAAUUUUGGACAAUAGUGUGAAAAAAAACUUAUCGAUAAUUAUGAAACGUACAAUGAUACUUAUUAAAAUUUCUACAGUAUAUAUUUUGACCAUGAAUUUGGAUUCCUUUGUAAUGUUUCUUAAAACAUCAUACUUUAUUUAUAACUUAUUAACGCAAGUGCAAAAGUAAUACAGUUAAAAGGCUAAGAACAAAUAGAGUUUUAUAUUAGUUGCACAUAAUUAUAAAAGAAGUGUAAUGAUUUAAU